UAAGGAAGGCAAAAAGAAAAAAAAAGAAUGGGGCUGAACGGAGCGUGGAAGCAUCCAGAAGGAAGUGACAUGAAACAUAGAGAAGUAUGAGGUAUGUAGGUUCCAACUUCCAACUACCCCAGUGCAUUUUCUUCUGUUAGGUAAUAGGUGGAGUAUAAUAAAGAAGAAUAAUUGCACCAAAAUGACAUUUCUGAGGUCCGUAGCCACAACUGCAACUGCUGUAGCAGCUAUCCCUGCAGCCUUCGCCUUUUAUUCUCAUUCAUCUUCUUCUUCUCUUCCUCGCUCUUCCCAAUCCCCCAAAUCCUCCAACAAAUUGGGCCUUGUCAAAACAUUGGCUACCCCUCCCUCUGCCCUCCACAUGGCCCACGACCUCUCUUCCCAGCCUCAAGCUCUCUUGCCCGAGCUACUGACGGAGUACAUGGUGGAUAUGAAAUGCGAAGGUUGUGUUAAUUCUGUCAAAAAUAAGUUGCAGGAGAUUAAUGGAGUUAAGAGCGUAGAGGUGGACUUGAGCAAUCAGGUUGUUAGGAUUCUUGGUUCAACGCCGGUGAAGACUAUGACUGAAGCACUGGAGCAGACUGGUAGAAAAGCCCGGUUAAUUGGACAAGGAGUGCCAGAAGACUUCUUGAUAUCCGCUGCUGUUUCCGAAUUCAAAGGUCCAGUUAUUUUUGGUGUUGUUCGCUUGGCUCAAGUAAAUAUGGAACUUGCUAGGAUUGAAGCCAACUUUAGUGGCCUGUCGCCAGGAAAGCAUGGUUGGUCUAUUAAUGAGUUUGGAGAUCUGACUAGAGGUGCAGCAAGCACUGGUAAAAUGUUCAAUCCGACAAAUGAUGAAAACACUAAAGAGCCACUUGGCGACCUGGGAACACUAGAUGCUAAUGAAAAGGGUGAGGCCUUCUUCACUGGGGUCAAAGAAAAGCUGAGGGUGGCUGAUCUUAUUGGACGAUCUGUGGUGGUAUAUGCAACUGAAGAUAAAUCAGAACAUGGUGUAGCUGCUGCAGUAAUAGCCAGAAGUGCAGGAGUUGGUGAGAACUAUAAAAGACUCUGCACAUGUGAUGGCACCACCAUAUGGGAGGCCAGCGAUAGCGAUUUUGUUACUAGCAAGGUCUGAUGACGUAAUUUCCCCGAAAACAAACCCUUGUAAUUUACCUCUCUUGUCGCCCAACUGCAUUUCCAUAUUUUCAGGAUUCUGUACCCUUUUGGGAAAAUUAUUCAUCUGUCUUUAGUUUACAUUGAAUUUCUUCACAUAAAUUAUCAACUUAUUUUUUGGAUAAGAUGGUUAAUUUGAGAAAUCUCUUGAUUCUUAA